AUGCUUGUUAUGAUAAAUUUUCUUCUACUUUAUGAAGUUUUUAUUAUCGUUGGUCAAACCAAUGCAUUCAAACAAACAAAAUCAUGUGAAACUUGCAUUAUUGAUUCAUUUUGUACAGAUGAUACAAUCUAUUUUAAUAUUUCAAUAUCAAACUAUUGUCAAAUUCCAUUAAAAACAUUUUUUGCGUACUAUACAGAUGUUGAUUCAAAACUUCAUUAUUUCAAUAAAAUAAUUAAUUGUAUUAAUUGCUACAUAAAUAUUUCAAUAGAAUCUGUUCAUGAUGCUUGGGAUUAUACAUUAAGACUUGAAUCACCUAAACCAUCGAAAACUUGUUCGACGCAACAUACUGCUCAUUGUGGAGGAGCAGUGUCAUACUUAAUUUGGUUUAUUACAGGUGUACUUUCAGCUUUAUUCAUUAUACUUGGUAUUUUACUAUCUUGUAUGAAAUAUGAACGUAACCGAAAGCAAUCCUGUUCACGUAACAAAAAACAAACAAAUCUCAAACCGUUUAUUGAAGAAAAAGAUUAUAUGGUUUUGAAUACAAUUGAUCAAUGGAAAAAUGUUAUAUUUGGAAAUGAACUAAAUACGUUGAGAUCAAAUAUUAAUAAUCCAGAAUUAAUUCUCCAUAUAACAUUUAGUCAAUUUGUUAAUAUUUAUUCAAUUGCUAUUGAAGCUUCAGAAGGCGAAAACAAAUUAUUUUUCGAUGAUUUUAUUGCAUUUAGUUUAUAG